AUGGCCAACAUUCAAGAAUUUUACGAAGCUUUGUGUGCGUCACAGAGAGAAAAUGAUGUUGCGAAUACCUAUCGUUUAAAUGAAUACCUUCUUAAUGCAUUUCGAAAUCCAGAAAAUUCUGACUUGGUUAUGGCUUCAUAUAUCCAUCUUUUUCCGGAAAAAACUGGAAUAGAACUUGACAUAGAUCCCAAAGAAGUCACAAAACUCAAGACAUUGAUUAUUGCAAAAAUCCUUUCCAAUUCAUCUCGAGGUUUUUCGUUUGAAAAUGAAGAAUUAAGUAAAGAUUUCAAAUUUUGUGUGAUGAUUAACAUGCGUGAUUACUACUUAUCCCUGCAAUUCGAACGAUGCCAAUCGCUUUACGAAAUGCUUGAAACAAUCAAAGUAGCUAUAGACCUUAAUACACUCCCAGACGAUUGCAAGCAAUUACAUUUGCUAAUUCUUAUUUCAAAUCCAUCUUUUAAAGAAAAACCAACAUAUUUAUUCGAAUAUUUCAAAAAAAUUAAUCAAAACCUCUUUCAAAUAUCAAAUUUUCAACAGGAUAGUGCUAAAGUUAAUCGUUAUUUCUAUGUAUUAUCCAAAAUUCUUUUUUAUUUUAAAACGUACGCAAAUCUUACAAAUGUCAACAAAAAUAUAGCAGAACUUGCAUCCCCGCUUAUAAAGCUUUGUUUAGAAUUGUACAAUGCAAGAAUUUUACAGAAUUUUGUUUUUGAUCAAUUUAUUAAGUCAUCAGAGACAUAUUUAUUAUUAGAAUAUCUCCCAAACAUCCCAUUCGACUUGAAUCAAAUCUCUGUUUUCGAUUACAUCAAGUUUUUCCCAACAAUUAUUUCAUGUUUUGAUUGGAACAAAGUUAGAUCGCUGAAAGAAUCAAAUAGCAACGAGGAACCCACAAUUUCCGAUGAAAUUGUUAUUUUUUGCAUCAAUUUCUUAUUAUCUUUGUAUCAUGAUAUGGAUUUUGAUCAAAUCGAAUCAAUUGUGUCAGAUUUCAGACUUUUGAACUACUGUUCCAAUCCUUUAGAUGCAGCAACUACUUUAUGCAAUCAAAUCGACGAAAAUUGGAAUUUAUCUGAAAAUAACAACAUUUUAAGGUUAUUAUUACUUGUUUCUUAUUUCCAUGAGAUUCCUGGGUUCUCUGAUAACGAUUUUAGUAAAUUAAUAUCCAAUUCAUUUUCAUUUGCCAUUGAUUCUGGCGAUGAAUUUUCAGUGAAAUUUUUCUUUUCACGUGCAAAUACAAUGAGACCAUAUACAUUGGCUCCUAUUUAUGACAAAAUACUUGAAUUCUGUUUCGAAAAAACUGAUCUCAUUCAAUACGGAUUUGAAUUUGUUUCAAAUGCUUUGAUCGAUUACCAUGGAGAAAAAUAUGAAGAUUUCAUUGGCAGAAUCAUCGAAUUGAUGCAGAAUUCUCAAAUAGAGUUAAAUAUAAUUUAUUUGUUGUUGUUCACAAUUAAUGGUCGAUAUUUAAGCAUAAAUUUGAAGAUAAGUAUAAUAAAAAUUAUCGAACAAUUUAAUUUGGAAGAAUUGUUCAAUGAAUCACCAACACAAAAUGUUUUGGACAUGGGACACGCCGUUUUGGAUCUAUAUGUAGCAAUUUUGCUUGAAACACAAUUCGAUCCGCAACAAACUCCUGAAUUUGAAAACAACGUGUUCGAAUUGAUCUUCAGCAAGAUGACUUUCGUUCUGAACAAUAUUCCGGUCCUUCGACAAAUUCAAACCGAAAAUCAAAAUUCUGAACAAACCGAAAAUCAAAAUUCUGAACAAAGUGAUGAAUUUUCUGUGGAUGAUUUAAGUGGGCGAAAUCUUCAAUUUUAUGCUCGGUGCAUGGAAUUAUUUAUGAAUUUGGUUUUGAUAAAAAGAAAUCAUUUGGAACCUAAUUUGUACGAUAUUUUAGUUAUAAUGCUCAGUCAGCUGUUUGAAACACGACAAUUUUGUAAAGAAUUUAUCGAUUCGUAUUUCAUUUUUGUCGAAAUCUUUUCAACUUUCGAACAAAUCGAUCAUCCAAUAUAUUCUUGUUUAGCUGAAUUUUCUCAGAAAUGCAUUUUGGACACGAAGCAAUAUCUUGUUUGCAAAAAGUUUUAUGACAAUCAAGAAGAAAUCGAAAGAAAUUCUUCGAAUAUUGUAUUAAUUCCAUUUGUUACAACUACUGAACAGGUUAUUGAAUAUAUAAAACAUGCACAAGGAUAUUUAGCCAUAUUCAACAUGAUUGCUUACGCCGCAAUAAACAAUUUAUUCCCAGAAAAUGUUUCUCCAGGCUAUAUACCACAAGUUAUAACUUCUUCACUCAAAGAAUAUUCUUAUGAAUCAGUUAUUUUUGAUAUAAUAUCAAGAGUUUUGUUUGCAUGCGGAAUGGUAAACUUUGAAAGAUAUCAUAUUUACUUGGAAUGGUUUUUGGAUCAAAUUAACAAGUUUUUGCAUGCAUACGGCUACAAGAAAGAAUUAUAUGAUGGAAUUGCAUUAUUAAUUGGUGCAAUAAUUUAUCAUAAAGGUCCCGAAGAGAAUACUGUUGAGAUGUUCAAUAAAUUGAAGACCCUUGAACUCAAUAAAUGUACAUUGAUCGAUUGCGAAAUUAUGUUUGCUAAAUAUAGUCAAGAUUUGGAACAAACAAAGACAUUGUUAUCUGAUUUCGACAAUAUGAAGACAAAAUUAAAUACGUUCGUCAUAGGAAUUUGUAAGGAAUUGCUAGUUAAUCCUGAAUUAAGUCAAAUCCAUGAAGAAGUUCUCCAGAUAAUGCUCAAAUAUGUAAAUGAUCCUCCAUCUUUAUUUUAUUGCGAUUAUGGAAAUUGUUUCAUGGCCAGCAAUAUGAUUGAUUUAAUUGACUUUUUGCAUGGUUACUAUCAAGAACAUCCUGAUGUUUUCGAUAUCAGUUAUAACGUUAAGACUGAAUCAAGUACCUUGACUAAUUGGUUUUUCAGAUAUUAUCAAAAUCAAUAA